UUUCUCCUCCUCCUGUCUACUUUUCUUCUUCUUCCACAUUUUUCCCUUCUUCCUCUCCGUAUACCCCUUCUACUUCUACAGUCCAAGAAACCAAAACCCCACGUUUGCUCCAACUCUGACAUCAUGCCUACCGCACUGCUGAUCGGCGAAAUCACUCAUGCCCGCAAGGAGUGGGAAGAGCUGUCGUCCAUUCUGACGCUCAAGGAAUUCCCCAGCGGUACUAGAGAGGACUUUAUCCGCAACUGCAAGGAGGGUCAAUAUAAUGAUGUUCUGGUUAUUUAUCGCUCGAAUACUUCUACGAAGUUUACGGGUCCCUUCAAUGCAGAGUUACUUGCUGUUCUCCCCAAGUCGUUGAAGUAUAUUUGUCAUAAUGGUGCCGGGUACGACAACAUUGAUAUCAAGGGGUGCACAGACAAGGGAAUCGCCGUUUCCAGCACGCCUGUCGCUGUUAACCAUGCUACAGCUGAUGUGGGCAUCUUUUUGAUGAUCGGUGCCUUGCGACAGGCCUACGUGCCGUUGUCUGCUCUCCGGGCGGGUCAAUGGCAGGGCCAAACUACAUUGGGUCGUGAUCCCCAGGGUAAGGUGCUAGGCAUCCUCGGGAUGGGGGGAAUUGGCAGGGAAAUGGCCAACCGCGCAAAGGCCUUCGGAAUGAGAAUCCAGUACCACAACCGGUCCCGACUGUCGCCUGAGCUCGAGGGAGACGCUACAUACGUGUCGUUUGAUGAAUUGCUGGCUAGCUCAGAUGUCCUUAGUCUGAACCUCGCUCUUAAUGCCUCUACCCGUCAUAUCAUUGGCGAGAAGGAAUUCCAGAAGAUGAAGGACGGUAUUGUCAUUGUUAAUACCGCUCGUGGUGCGCUGAUUGAUGAAAAGGCGCUGGUCGCUGCUUUGGAUUCCGGAAAGGUCCUGUCCGCCGGUUUGGACGUCUAUGAGAAUGAGCCGGUUGUAGAGCAGGGUUUGGUGAAUAACCCCAAGGUGAUGUUGUUGCCACACAUUGGAACCAUGACAUAUGAGACACAGAAGGAUAUGGAGUUGUUGGUGUUGAACAACUUGCGCUCGGCGGUAGAGAAGGGAAAGAUGAUCACGUUAGUCCCUGAGCAGAAGAAUAUGUUCUAGAUGUAGGUUGGAGAUUAGAUUAGAUAUAAUUGAUAGAAUAAAUUGUUAAAGAGUCAUGCCACGAUCAAUUCAAGCUGUCAAAAUCUAGCACAGUCUCCCUGAGCUAGAAAUGAGUGCUCGGUAG